CAACUUCCGUUUUAAGAAGACUGUCAUGGCGGCGCCCAUAGCAAUACACCUAGAGUUCGGAGGAGGAGCUGAAUUGCUGUUUGAUGGAGUCAAGGAUCAUCAUGUGACACUUCCCAGCCAAUCAGAGCCCUGGGACUUGAAGCAGCUGCUGGUGUGGAUUCAGGAGAACCUGCUGAAGGAGAGGCCCGAGCUCUUUGUGCAGGGAGAUUCUGUGAGACCCGGCAUUCUCGUAUUGAUCAACGAUGCGGACUGGGAACUGAUGGGUGAGUUGGAGUACCAGCUUCAGGACCAGGACAAUAUCGUUUUCAUCUCCACACUUCAUGGAGGUUAACAGACUCUAAAAGUUCUCACACACACACAGACACACACACACAGACACAUACAUACACACCAUAUAUCCAUGCCUUUAUUCUCGAUGCUCUUCGCUACCCAUCCUCCAUCGUCCAACCUCUCGACCAAUCCAGUGAGCACGUCUUGAGUUGUUUUGAUCUUUUAGCCCAAUAAAACGGGCCGUCAGUGGAACACGGGUUGAGACAGGAUGGUCUCGGCCCUCUACCUGCCCCUCGGUUCGAUGGACGGGGUCACAUCGGGCGCAUUCAGAGGUCAUUUCGUCUAGCCGACGUGCAGAUGGAUUCUCCAGAGACGUUCAGCAAUCACUCACGCUCUCGCUGACAAACAACAAAAUUUCCAUUUCAUUUAUUUACGUCUGGACAUCGUUUUUUUUUCUUUUGUCGUGAAUAAAUAAAUAUGAUUUUUAGUA